AUGCAAAACCUCACAUUUUUCUGCUGCAGGAGAAGCAUUUCCUUCCCCGGCGAUUUCUCGUCCAUUUUGGUAGCCCUAGCGGCGGCACUUGCCUGUGUCCUUCUCUCGAUUUUCCUAAUUUUCCGGAAAUCGAAAUUGCAAGCGGGACCUUUUGAGAUGGCGAAGCUGAUCCCCUGGUGCGAAAACGGCGGAGGCGAGAAGAUGGCGGCGCGUGUUGACAAGCUGACGGGGGCUUCGAUGAUGGAGCAGCUGGUGCCGGAGAUAACUAUGCAUGCCCUGAGCUAUUUGGAUUACCCGAGCCUGUGCCGUCUCUCCAUGACCAACUCGCUUAUGAGAAAAGUUGCAAAUGAUGACAAUGCUUGGAAGGCCCUGUAUCGUAAGGAUUUCUCCUUGGAGCAAGAUAGCUUAGUGCCACCUGAUGGAUGGAAAGCUUAUUAUGCAGCUACAAGAGCCAUUGUCAAUAUUAACGACGAGUUUUUCAGGAUUUGGAGAGAAAGAUCCCUUCCAGCUAUGGCCCAGCUUUGGCUUAACUCGAAUUAUGUCAAGUGCUUUCAUGCAAAUCGUGAGUCGUUUAGCGGGUAUAAUGCAGUGAUGGCGAGCUGGCAAUUGACAUUCAGGAGGGAGAACAUGGCCCGUUAUCAGGAAAUACAAGACGUGAGGGCCCGAAUCGUGUCUGGUAUGGCUUGGGUCACCAUGAAAGCUUAUGUGGACAUGAACCGAAGCCCGGAUAAUGUGACAAAUGUUUAUGAGCUUCACGAAGGCCGGUGGUACAUUGUGCACCAUCAUAUUUCACCGAUUAUGGUCGUAGGAUUAUAUGGGCCCUAA